CUUGGUACAAUCUGUAGGCACUGGUAGUGGGUUGGAUGUGGGCGGUGGAGAGAGAGACAUGGGGAGGAGACACGAGUAGAUAGACGCAGGGUUCCGGUGUGAGUGCGCAGGAGAGGCGGUAAGCUGAGUCAAAGAUCGGGAGAACUGUCCCUCAGGGAACACAGGGAUGGUUGCAAAAGGCAUCUGAUAUUGUCCUUCUGCCUCUGUCUUAAAAGGAUUCUACAGGGAUUUUCUUCCCCUUGUUCCUCCAGCCCUACACUUGCAUUACUGGCCUAAGAGGAUACUCACCAGCUGGCCGUGUCCAUCAUUACAGCCAAGUCUGAGAAUUCCUGCUUAUACUUAGAGCCUGUGGAGCUGCUGACACAAACAGUCAUUAGCAGACGACCCUUUUGUAACCACCUAUGCUUUAAAAUGUAAACCGUGGGGGCAUUUUCUUUGCGUUGUCCGGAGAGAACUUUCUGCUGCCUGAGCCUGAAUUAAUCAUGAGAGAGCUCGUCAACAUUCCACUGGUACAUAUUCUUACUUUGGUUGCCUUCAGCGGGACUGAGAAACUUCCAAAAGCUCCUGUCAUCACCACUCCUCUUGAAACCGUGGACGCCUUAGUUGAAGAAGUGGCUACUUUCAUGUGCGCAGUGGAAUCCUAUCCCCAGCCUGAAAUUUCCUGGACGAGAAAUAAAAUUCUCAUUAAGCUCUUUGACACGCGGUACAGCAUCCGGGAGAACGGUCAACUCCUCACCAUCCUGAGUGUGGAAGACAGCGAUGACGGCAUUUAUUGCUGCAUCGCCAACAACGGCGUGGGAGGGGCUGCCGAGAGCUGCGGGGCUCUGCAAGUGAAGAUGAAACCUAAAAUAACUCGUCCUCCCAUAAAUGUAAAAAUAAUAGAAGGAUUAAAGGCAGUCCUGCCCUGUACCACGAUGGGCAAUCCCAAGCCAUCAGUGUCGUGGAUCAAGGAGGACAGUGCUCUCAGGGAAAACCCCCGCACUGCAGUUCUGGAAUCCGGGAGUUUAAGGAUUCACAAUGUGCAAAAGGAAGAUGCAGGACAUUAUCGAUGUGUGGCAAAGAACAGCCUCGGGACGGCCUAUUCCAAACUGGUGAAGCUGGAAGUUGAGGCUCUUAAUAUGACAAAUGCCACAGAGAGAGAAGAGAGUGAACCUGAACAAGAUACUAAAGUUUUUGCCAGAAUCCUGCGGGCUCCCGAAUCCCACAAUGUCACCUUUGGCUCCUUUGUGACCCUGCGCUGUACGGCAACAGGCAUCCCUGUCCCCACCAUCACCUGGAUUGAAAACGGAAAUGCUGUUUCUUCUGGGUCCAUUCAAGAAAGUGUGAAAGACCGAGUUAUUGACUCAAGACUGCAGCUGUUUAUCACCAAGCCAGGACUCUACACGUGCAUAGCUACUAAUAAGCAUGGAGAGAAAUUCAGUACUGCAAAGGCUGCAGCCACCAUCAGCAUAGCAGAAUGGAGAGAAUACUGCCUGGCAGUGAAGGAGCUCUUCUGUGCAAAAGAAUGGCUGGCGAUGGAAGAAAAAGCCCACAGGGGACUCUACAGAUCUGGGAUGCAUCUGUUCUCUGUGCUAGAGUGCGACAGACUGCCCAGCAUGCACUGGGACCCUGCGGCCUGUACCAGACUGCCGUAUUCAGCAUUCCCACCCAUGACGUCCUCAAAGCCGAGUGUGGACUUUCCAAGUGUGGAUUCCUCCUCCUCUUCCUCCUUCUCUGUGUCCCCUACAUACUCCAUGACUGUAAUCAUCUCCAUCAUGUCCAGCUUUGCAAUAUUUGUGCUGCUCACCAUAACUACUCUUUAUUGCUGCAGAAGACGAAAACAAUGGAAAAAUAAGAAAAGAGAAUCAGCGGCAGUAACCCUCACCACGCUUCCUUCGGAGCUCCUGCUAGACAGACUUCACCCCAAUCCCAUGUACCAGAGGAUGCCACUCCUUUUGAACCCCAAAUUGCUCAGCCUGGAAUAUCCCAGGAACAACAUUGAGUAUGUGAGAGAUAUCGGAGAGGGAGCAUUUGGAAGGGUCUUUCAAGCAAGGGCUCCCGGCUUACUUCCCUAUGAACCUUUCACUAUGGUGGCCGUGAAGAUGCUCAAAGAAGAAGCCUCAGCAGAUAUGCAAGCCGACUUUCAGAGGGAGGCAGCCCUCAUGGCGGAAUUUGAUAACCCUAACAUCGUGAAACUCUUAGGCGUGUGCGCGGUGGGGAAGCCCAUGUGCCUGCUCUUCGAGUACAUGGCCUACGGGGACCUCAACGAGUUCCUGCGCAGCAUGGCCCCGCCCAGCGGGCGCAGCCUCAGCCCCGGCGCCCCGGCCACCGCGGGGCCGGCCUCCAGCCCCGGGCCGCCGCUGUCCUGCGCCGAGCAGCUGUGCAUCGCCAGGCAGGUGGCAGCUGGCAUGGCCUACCUGUCGGAGCGCAAGUUCGUCCACCGGGAUUUAGCCACCAGGAACUGCCUGGUGGGGGAGAACAUGGUGGUGAAGAUCGCCGACUUCGGCCUGUCGAGGAACAUCUACUCGGCGGACUACUACAAAGCCAAUGAGAACGACGCCAUCCCCAUCCGCUGGAUGCCGCCCGAGUCCAUCUUCUACAACCGCUACACCACGGAGUCCGACGUCUGGGCCUACGGGGUGGUCCUGUGGGAGAUCUUCUCCUACGGCCUGCAGCCCUACUACGGGAUGGCCCACGAGGAGGUCAUUUACUACGUGCGGGACGGCAACAUCCUCUCCUGCCCCGAGGACUGCCCCCUGGAACUGUACAACCUCAUGCGCCUGUGUUGGAGCAAGCUGCCCGCGGACAGACCCAGUUUCACCAGCAUCCACCGAAUUCUGGAACGCAUGUGUGAGAGGGCAGAGGGAGGGGUGGGUGUGUAAGGGCGAGGGUGUGCCCGGCGGCAUCUGCAGCCUCCUACCAGACUCUGCGAGCCGGAGAGUCCCACGCCAGAGGCCCGGGGAGACCCUGAUAGCGAAGAAGAGCAGCACACGUGGGUACCACGCUGUUGGUUCUCAGAAAGAAAAAAAAAAGAUACGCAGAACCCACGUGGUAGAUGCAAAGUGGGUGAUGGGAAAGGCAGGCGAGGAAAUGUGCUACACGACAUAACUACUCUUCCUCGUGGGGAAAGUUUGCAUUACAUUUUGUCCAGGCAACAUCAUCCCGUUCCGUUCCUGGAUUCGCUGGCAGCAGAGUAAGACUCGGCUGUAUUAAAUUUUAGUAUGAAACACAGUGGAGAGCUUCAUUUUUAAUAGCGAUAAUUCCUGUCCAUUAGGAACGUAGCGUGCCUUCCCGUAAGAAGUUUAGCUCAGGUACAGAAAACUAAAAAGAAGGAAAAACCAUUUAUUUUUCUGUCCACCGAAAGACCGGUGUUGGUUUUUUAAAUUGAAUUUCUAUCUUGCGUUUCAUGCAUCCUUUUAUAUUUGUUUGUGUUCUACCGAGUUGUAGUUUAUUUUAUCGAUAAGGGGUUUCCAAGGAAUAAAAUGACAAAUCAGCAAGGCUGUCUUCUACUGUUCCCUUUUCCUGCCUCUGUGCCUCAUUUUUAGAAGCUUUUCCUUUGGGUGCACCUAUCAUGAAUUUAAUCAGCUUAUUUUAUUCCUGCAGUUUUGUCUGGAAAAAAAAAACUCUUUUGUGGCUAAUUAAUUUACCUUUCUCUUUGAAGAUUUUAUGGGUACCUUUUUCUUUGCUCUCAUCUUUAUUUCUGCCUCUUUUCAGGACUUUCUGUUCUUUUUUGGUUAUUGAGCUAUUUUUUCCCCUUUUACUUAACACGUACAACAAACACCCUGGCAGAAAUAAUAACUUUCCAGAUAACAUUGUGGACUGAUAUGUUUACACCUUUUACAAAGUAUUGCCAUUUUCUCCUGUACUUGUUUUUGAAGCCAUAUAUUUCAAAGUCGUCAGUCAUUAAUUUUAUUGCCACAGUUUAUUAAAUCUCUUAAACCAUGGUUUAUAAUAUGGGAUUUCACAAGAUGCUCUUGUGAUUCUGACUUAUUUCAAACCUGAUGAUUUUGUGCAUUGUGAUUUUUUUUCCUUCUAGAAACCAACUCGAUAGGCAGUAGAAUUAAUAUAGGGUUACUUACCAACUUCCUGCACGGCUGUUAACCUAUCUCAUUACAUCUUACGAUUCUUAAAGCAAAACAAAACAAACAGACAAAAACAAUCUCUGGAACUCAGAUUCCUGGUGCACACGAUUUCUCGGUGGAGUCCUCACAAUGUAUCUUUAUCUGAGGCCAAUAGCAAUGAUCAGAGUUUAUUCCUGAUACAGUAUGAACCCAAAUUCUCCUGGAAAGCAAAUAAACAGGGGAGAGAGAAUAGCAGUGUAUACCAGCUUGCAUUAAUUCUAAACGCAUUGGUAGGGAGGGCAUUGGAGACAUGCCUAAAUUUACUUUCUAAAUUCUUGAAAGAUUUUCACCUGUCUGCUGGAAGGCUCUCCUUGAAAUCUCCAAAUUCACCUGCAUGCUGCAACUUUGUCAUCUUCGCUGGAAAACCUGAAACUUCUUGUUCAUAGUCACCCCAGGCAACCAAGACAAAAACCCAGACUUCUGCCUCUCCUUCACCCAUGAAAACUCUUGUCAGUUUCACUUUCUAAACUCCUGCUCUCACCACUUCCCCUUCACUCGGACUGCCCACUGCUCAAAUUCUACCGCUGUCUACUAUCUCAUCUUCCUCCCAUUUCUGGCCAGAGCAGAUUCCAUAGGCCAUGACAAUGUGAGGAUGGGCUCCCUCACAAUCCUGACUUCUAAGAGUUUUCUGAUUUAUUAGGAAGGCAGAAGUUAGGACUGAGACCGGGAGAGGUGCUUUAGGUUAAAGUCAUGAUGGUAAAUCCAAAAUUAACACAGUCAUCCAAAGGGCUACUAGAUGAGGAAGGAGGUUGCAGCGUGAGUCAGAGACAGAAGGCCAAGAGUCUAGCAAAGCAGAAAAUUUGGAGAGGGCCACCAGCAAGGCUGGAACCUUCCUAAGAUAUCCAUGACACGACACGUGUGUGUGUCAUCUACACUCUGCAAAGUUCAAAGACUUCCUCAGCUGACUUCGUUAUAAAAGAAAGACAUGGAAGUCAGGCCAAUCAGAAAAGCCACUCCACAGAGAAGCAAGAUCAGGACAGAAUUCCUCGGAGUCGCUGCCGUGGGCUCAGUGCAGGAGGUGCCAUGUCGCCCCUCAGGACAGGAUCUCCAUAGCCCUGUUUGUAUCGUCUGCCACUUAGAGUCCUGCUCUGCUUCCCUCCUCAGUGCUAAAGAACCGCCCUUACUUUCCUGUCUCUUCCUCAUGCCUCCUACAGCCUCCUUAGGCUCUGGUGUUCAAGAUCUCAAAGCCAAAAAAAA